GCAAUUAUGGCGCAAGAGAAGAUUCACAAGAACAUCAUCAAGAAGUUCAAGCGCGAAGUUAGAGCGCGGGCCCGAUGUCGCGAGGCAGCUAUAGCUCAUAUACGACGCCGGAUAGGACCAUGGCUCAGCAAGUAUCGACUGCACAGCAGAUCGCGGUGUCGCCGGCUAGACACGAGGAAGACCAAUGACUACUUUAAACCGAACACCUUAAGGAAUGAGCAAGAACCCACUGUUAUAGUUCUUAGCGACCGCGUUAUUGAUGAGUGCGAUGAGGCCAAAGAACAUGUUGACAGCCACAGUGGCUUCUGGUCAGCAUACUUUGACACAUUGUUCAGGGAGCAAGACACGCCUAGAGUGAUACAGGGUUCUACCAGCAAUAGGACAAGCUAA